GCGCUCAUGUGUGCUAUAUAGGUAAAAACUUGGAUUUAAGCUGUAUGUGGGGCGGAGUGGCAUGGCUGGUUAAACACAUUAUUGACAAUAUGGACUCAUUGCAAGCACGCCUUAAAGCGGACUCGAAUAUGAAGAUUUGGCAGGAGCACCUCAAUCGCUUGAUAACCGAAGGACGAAUCAAGCAAGGUCGUUAUCGCCAAUUUCAGUAUCAUCUGAAAAACACAGCGCGCAGGAAGUUAUGGUACCGAUCUUUCACGCCUUUUCGAACUAAACGCAUUCGACCACACACAGCUCCAGCGACAAUAAACGGGGCUUCCUUCAGCCAAUUGUCGAAAAUGGAAGAAUUAGCAACGAAAUCGCUUGACAAAGGCGAAGAAAGUGAUGUGCCAAUCUAAGGGAUGAAGUAGUGACCGAAGUUUGAUGAAAAGUGCGGACGAAUCAGCACCGAUGUGUUUUGCCAAAACGAAUUAAAUUUUCAA